ACAAGAUGUGUUUUUAUUUAGAAAGAGGGCUCCAUUCAACUCAUGGGUAAAUGCAAAUAAUUAAAGCAUUUAUCUUGUGUGUUUGUCCUCUUGAGAUAGACUGGUAUUUUUAGGGUGGGCUGCAGAAAUCAAAAUAGCACAAGGAGUCUGAUAAGAGCGUUCAUGAGAGGAACACAACAGUAAUGUGCCUCCUGGCAGCGCUCUUUUCAAGUUCUCCAUUUUGCCGUUAGAAUAAACAUCACUUCCUUCCUCAGGCAGCUGCUUGGGCUCAUAUGGGUUUGUGUGACCAGGUGACGCUCUGCUGUGGACAUCUGUAGGUGUUUUCAUGAAUCCGGAUCUGUUGGGAUGGGAAGUGAGACAGUGGGACGAGAGUAAGAGGAGGAUGGCAUACACACAGUUGGAACCCAUCAAUGAGGGUCUUCUGUCCAGACUGUCUGACUUUCUGUUGUGUCGCUGGUCGUGCCGCUCGUGUUGGCACUGGUGCUGGGAGUGCAGCUGCUGUCAGUCAAGUGAUGAGGAGGUGGAGAUUUUGGGGCCUUUCCCAGCUCAGACUCCAUCGUGGCUUCUCAGUGAUUGUAAUGUAGAGAAAGGCUUUAAUUCUCACAUCAUGGCCCAUGAGCUUCAUUCACCUGCUCAGUCUGACACAAACGGCAGGCCAUCCACCUCAGAGACUUCACGCUCCACCUGCAGCCUGGCAGGCCACCUUGCCGGUUUUAAUGCCAGACGGCCAAGCUCCCCCAUCGUGGAUGUAAAGCCUAUUGAAUUUUGGGCCAUGAGGCCCAGGAAGGAAGUGGUUCAGCCCCUGCGUAAACCCCCGACACCCCCAGAUGACUACUACCGCAAGCUGGAGCCUCGUCUCUACUCCCUGGACUCAGGCAACGAUGACGUUGACUCUUUGACAGAUGAGGAGAUACUGGUACGGUACCAACUCGGCAUGCUGCACUUCAGCACACAGUAUGAUCUUAUCAACGGCCACCUCACCGUUCGAGUCAUCGAGGCCCGGGAUCUGCCCCCACCCGUAGCGUGUGACAGCGCUCGCCAAGACAUGGCCCACUCGAACCCCUACGUUAAGAUGAGCCUGCUGCCCGACCACAAGAACUCCAGACAGACUGGUGUUAAACGCAAAACUCAGAACCCAGUGUUUGAAGAACGCUUUACGUUUGAGCUCCCCUUUCUGGAGGCCCAGAGACGCACUCUGCUGCUCUCUGUGGUCGACUUUGAUAAGUUUUCCCGGCACUGUGUCAUCGGGAAAGUCAGUCUUCCUCUCAAUGAGGUUGAUCUGGUUAAGGGAGGACAUUGGUGGAAGGCCCUGGUACCCAGCUCACAGAAUGAAGUUGAGCUUGGUGAACUUCUGCUCUCCAUAAACUACCUGCCUAGUGCUGGCAGGCUAAAUGUGGACAUCAUCCGAGCAAAGCAGCUGCUUCAGACAGACAUGUGCCAGGGUUCAGAUCCAUUUGUGAAGGUACAGUUAGUGGCAGGCCUAAAGCUAAUGAAGAGUAAAAAGACGUCCUGCAUGAGGGGCACCAUUGACCCUUGCUAUAAUGAGUCCUUUAGCUUCCGUGUAGCUCAAGAGGACCUGUGUGAAGUCAGCCUUGUGUUUACAGUGUUUGGGCACAACAUGAAGAGUAGCAAUGAUUUUGUUGGUCGCAUUGUGAUUGGUCAGUUCUCCACCGGGCCGCAGGAAACCACGCAUUGGCGCCGACUGCUGAGCUCCCGGCGCAAUCCAGUGGAACAGUGGCACAGCCUUCGCUCGCGUGCUGAGUGUGACCGCGUGUCUCCUGCUUCUCUUGAGGUCACAUAAUAUUAGCACUGGACGAUGAAUGAAGGUGGUGGGAUGGAUAGAUGUGAAAUGAAUUUAGAGAAGCCUACAGUAAUUGUAGUUUUUAAUUGCACGGUGUUAAAGAGUAGAUCGAGUAGAUCUGUUCUCAAACCAUAGAUUCUAUAGAAUAGUGGGCUCUGCUUUGAGAUUUUUUGUGUUUGUGGAUGUCACACCCCCUGAAUUUGAUCAAAAUGAAAGAUGUAGGCUAUAGCAUUUUUUCAUUAGGAUUAUGAGCAGAAGCCUGCUGUCCAUGUUUUCUUUUUAUCAUAUUGAUACAAUUUUACACUGGAGCUCAAUGAUCUGAUCAUCAUUUGAACCUCAGCUUCAUUCUGGCCGGUCAGGUGUCCAGUGAAAGGUCAGCUGUGAUAUUGCUCAGGCAGCUGUGACCACACCUUGCCACUGGUCCAGAAUGCAGUGUUUUAAUAAUCAUAUUGUUUAUUUUUUCAGACUUCAAUAUGAUUGCUGAUAAUCAGUUUUUGAAAUAGAAUCGCUCCAAAUUCUGUGGCAACACAGCGGGUAUUUUUAUUUCCUUAUUUGAAGUAAUAUUUUACACCAAAGCCUGUGUUUGUGACUAUACUAUUACCGUUCAUGCACAUUUUGACCACUGAUUGUGUUUAAGCGUGUUUGAAUGUAGUAAAUGUUUGCACUAAUGGCAGCUGUGAUCCUUGUCGGCACUACAGUAAAAAUGCCUUUACAUCUCAGGCAAUAUAUUGCCAUACCAAUAAGUGCAGAUAAAUACAUUUCCACCCGUUACCUUUGUUGUUAAAUGGUUUUGCCAAGCUUUACAGCCCAUUUGCUGUAUGAUUGAUGUGUUGGAGAUGUACGUUGUCUUAACUUUUGUCAGUCCAUCGUCUGUACUUUAGGCAGAAUAGAAUGAUAUACAUACUGUAGUUAACUUAGCAUAGAAUCUAAGUGCAAUCAGAAACAUCACUGUAUCCUGAAUUGUCUUGUGUGAUCUAAGUGGCUGUUUCAGGUCAAAUGUUAAUUGUAUGAUUCCACAAAUGUCAAUGUUGAUGACAGUAAAAUCUAUCAGAGUAAUAAGAAUAUAUAGUGUAAUAAUAAAAAUGCAGCUUUGCCAGUGAAGAUAUUUAUUUAUUUAGAUUAAAAGUGUUCAUAAAACUAGAUAUAUAUAUAUGAUAUUUAUCUCUACAAACAUAUCUGUAUAUAUUUAUAACUUACAGUGAUUUGAACAAAUGCAUGUUGCAAUAUAAUACAAAUAAUAAGAAAUGGAUAUGAAAAAAGCUGAAAUGACUCCACUGACAAAAUUAUUUCAGUUUCAAAGGCGUCUGUGUCUUAUUUUUGUUGUAAACCAUAAUGUUUUAGUCUCCUUGUCUGCCCUGAACCUCUGAGAGUUUGUUACACUGUUGGUGGUUGAGUGAUUGACAUUUUUGAGCAGAAUCCCUUUAAAUGUCUCUUUGAUGGAGAUUGUCAUGUGUGAAUUCUUCACAGAGAUGUGUUUUGGGUAAAUGUUCCACAAUGAAUUAAAGUGACAUUUGGUACUG